AUGCGCGUUUCUACUACACCCAGCUCUGGAGCCGAAACAUGGCCUCAGGCUCCGCCAAUUGCGGUCUUCAUACGCAAUUUGAAGCUCUUGCGCCUUGAUUUGCGUCCGGAUUGGCCCGGAAUUGUGCCAUCAACACUUUCAGAUAACCAGAGCAACCUGCGAAGACGAGUCCAGGCGGUGGAAUGGACUUUGUUUUACCUGUUCCAGCUAUGGGAUCCUGAGCUCACCAGAAAUAAACUUCAACCAUUUUUCCCGCCACUUGAACCUCUUCAGUCGUCAAACCUUCGGGCUGCUCUCUUCCGGUCACUCUCGGAGCUGACAAAAAAUGGAACACUUGGAAGAGAGAGAAUUCUGCGAAAAUCAAUGCUUGAGGAGUGUACAGGUGAGAAGUUUGAUGAAAUUCUGGCCGAGUUUUCUACAAUCGUACUACGAAAGGUUGUAGUUUCGUCUCGUGAAUACCGUACCGGAGCUCCACCGUUAUCCCUUCCCACAAGCAAGCGAGGGCCUCCCAGCGAUACUCAAAAUCUGCUACCGAUGAUAAUUGCAUACCGUGCGUCCUUGCAUUCCAUGAUAGACCAGAAAAAUGAGUUGAAUUCAACAUGUCGAGACCUAAAGCAAUUCCUUCAUCUGAAGGCAAAUGAGCUCUCAAACGCAAGGCGCAUGCCCAAACCGCUGGCCUCAGAAUUGAGACAUCAACAGCAAAUUCAAGACUCUAUCAACAGGACAUGGCAUGGCGAUAUUAAUUGGGCCAACACAAUCCUGAACGGGGACUCACAUGCAGUCUCAGAGCCGCUACUUGAAAUGGACUUUUCGCAGGUAUGGUCUGGUAUGAAAAAGGUCGCAGUCAAAGAUGAUAUUGAGCCACAAGGCCACCCCGAUCUUUUAGCGAAUUUAGAAGACCGUCUCUCAAAGCAACAAUCUCGUCUUCAAAAGUGGCGGAAGUUCAAGGAUUCACUAGAUCUAGACAGCCUACGAACUCAGUUGCAACGACCAGAAGACUCCAAGGAAUCAAAAGAACUCUCCCAAGACGAAUACGACACCAUAGAUCCAUUAGCUGAACAUGAUGAAGAUCAAGGAGCACCUACGCAUUCCGCUAGAAUUGGUGACGCUCCGAUGUUUUCGCCAGAGAAAGAGGUCGCUUAUACGCCUGAGGCUUCCCCUCAGGCUUCCCCUGACCCAAAAGCUAUGGUUGAUAAAGGCCCAGUUCAAAAACAAAAUCUCGUUCCCCACGGGGCCGCAGAAGAGACGGACAUCAUCAUUGGGUCAAGUGCUGCUAGAAAUAUAUCGACGGAAGACUUACUGGCCAUGCAAUUAGGCGUUUUGUCUCUGGAAACGGCUACCAACAGUGAAUUACCUGAGAAUAACCCUACAACUGAUGAGCACUCGAUUGUAGAUGAUAAAAGCGGUAUUCAGGGUGAUGAGGCAGAAUCUCAAGCCGCCGAUGACCCAUCUUCUCGGGCUACUACUUUGUUAGAGCGUACUAGACAGUCCAUGCUCUUUGUAUCUGCUACUACCCCUCGUCCGUGGAAGCCUAUUUCAGACAACCGCAGGCAAUCCCAGUUGCUUGUUCCCGGCGAUCCAUUCGAAACACCAGAGAAAAGGGCCGAAAACAAAGAGAAACAUAAUGCAGAGGCGUCGGACGAAGACCCAUAUAGCGACUACAUUGAUUAUGAUAGUGUGUUCAAAAGUAGACCGAAGAUCGCCGCAAGCCCUAUACCUUUUGAGUCAACACAGUCAAAUGCAUCUGCUGAGGAGAACCAAGAAGAGGGUUGCAGUUUAAGUGAAGUUGGGCUUGACGGCUCGCCUUUAGGGAAUAUGAGGACACGGCCAAGGGCGCAAACUGCCAUUCGACACCCGAUUUCACCUGCGGACAAUGCGGAAACGACAUACUGA